UAUGGCGGCUUGUUCCUCUGGUUCUUUCUUCUACCUCUAAAAAUUUGAUAUAAAUCAUUUUUCUAUCAUAGACAUUGAGAAGACGAUUCAAAUCACAUCAAUUUCAAGCACUUUAAUGGAAAAAUACAAAUCAGCACAAGAGGAAAUAUCAACUUCAUUUAACAAACUCAAUUUAAAUUCCAAUUCCAAUUCUAUCUCCAAAUCUUCUCAUCUUACUUCUACCUUCUAUUCUUCAAGACUGAGUUGCAAGAGGAUAAAGCCACCGAGUUUAGUGAGUUUAUGUCUCGGAGUUGUUGGGAGACAUUUGGAGGAUAUCAUCGGAGAGUUGGAUGAGAUUGCUGUCGGAUUUCCGACCCAUAUUAAGAUGGCAAUUGCAGCAAUUUCCAGGAGGAGAAAAUUGCUGAAUGAUGAUGUUAUUAUAGCUUUAGCUGAUACUUCCUGGGAAAUUCUUGAUCUUUCUGGCUCAGAUGUUACUGAUUCUGGUUUGAUGAAAUUGGCCGAAAUCUGCAAGUUUAUUCGAGCUGUCGAUAUAAGUCGGUGCUACAAUAUUACUGCAACUGGCAUGUCUGAACUUCUUCAGCGUUGCAAGUCAUUGCAGACAUUGAGAUGCGGAGGGUGCCCAAGGAGUGAUUACACUGCACGCAACUCCUUGUAUAUGUUGAAACCAAAUCUGAAUGAUAUGGAGGGAGAUUCGUGGGAGGAGCUUGAUACUGCUGAAAUUUGUCAUGGUGCAGAAUCCCUGCGUUGGCUUGUGUGGCCUAAGAUUGAUAAACAUUCAUCGGAGAUGUUGGCUACCGAGUGCCCACGUAUAAUAGUAAAUCCGAAGCCAUCUCCCUUUGGUUUUAGAGGAAUAGAGGUUCCUAUAGAAGCAUUACCCGACAUGGCACUCGAUGAUCCCAUUGUCAAGGAUCUUGAUUCUAAAACAUGGGCGACGUCUGGAUUUACACCAAAGCCUGCGGCUGCUCCUUCUCUUUCAAGCCCAACAGAGUUGUCUGUUGCAGAAAAAUUCCGACUUGCAUUUGUGGAAAGAGACACACGCUUAGCACCAAAACGAGCAAAGAAUGCGAGGCAACGUCAGCGACGUGCCGAGAAGGAAUGGAUAACGAUGGACACAAAAGCCAAGGCAUUAGAUUUGGCAUCACGAGCAAGCAAGUCGCUUAGGAACUAGAAUUUGGGAUAUUCCCAGCUGUUCGCCUGGUUGUGUACUGUUUUGGUAGUGCCCCGUUGAUUGUAAAUUAUGAUUCUGUAAAGUUCUCUGUUUUGAUUGAAAGAGAAAUGCACUGGAAUCAAAUUCCAGGUUACAAACUGUAUUCAUUGGAAGUUAUAAAAAGAUAAUCUGGAACUUGAUCAAA